GCUCAUAUAUCGUGAUGUAUUGUUUGAAUUAUAAAAUGUAACUACAUUUGCAAAAGCUUCGGUCCAAUCAUCUUUUUUAUUUUUACCAUGAAUUGAAAUGGGCAAGAAACAUAAGAAGCAUCAUAAGAAGACAUCUGAUAUUGGGAAAGCAUCAAGUAAAAGUGACGAACCACCAAUAAAACUGGUCUUGAAAGUUGGAGCACCGGAAAAGACUCCCAGUGAAUCAAAAUUAUCAAAAGAAAAGAAUUUCCAGAGAGUUGACGUGCUGAAAGGUAAAGAUCAUUCCACAAAGAAGAAAAAGAAGAAGAGAUCAUCUUCUAAAGAGCGCAAAAAAAGAAAGCAUGCUGAAUCCAUUGAUGAACAGGGAUUUGAUUCAUCAUCCACGGUUGAAAGUAAUCUUGACAAACCAAAGAAAAAAGCCAAACUAGACGGACAAAGACUUGAUGAAAACAAACCAACCAUUCCAAAAAUACACAUUAAACCCAUUGAGCCUCCCAAAUUUAAAGAAAUCAAAAGCCAAGACCGCAAGGUAAACAAAUGCGCUGAACUGGAAAAUGAAGAAACUGAAACGCAUGGUGUUUGUUCGGCAUAUUUUUACGAUGUGGAACCAACUUCUGUGUUGUUAUGUCUUGGAAACCUUCAUCAAUCAUUGCAAAGGAAAGAUGUGAAUGGUUUCUUUGCUUAUCCUGUGAAUGACGUCAUGGCACCAGGAUACUCCAGUAUCAUAUCGAGACCAAUGGAUUUUAGUAUGAUGAAAUACAAGAUUGAUACUCACGCAUAUACGUCACUUGAGGAAUUUCGGGAUGAUUUCAACCUGAUGUGUAACAAUGCUAUGAUUUACAACACAGCAGAAACAGUUUACUACAAAGCUGCAAAAAAAUUGCUCCAAAUUGGUGCGAAAAUGAUGAGCCGGAGAAGUUUCGUAGAAUUUAGACUUGACAUGUACUUUGUUUAUCGACAACAGGAGAAGUUUCGAGAAACUUCACAUGUACUUUGUUUAUCGACAACGAAUUUAGACUUCACAUGUACUUUGUUUAUCGACAACAGGAGAAGUUUCGUAGAAUUUAGACUUCACAUGUACUUUGUUUAUCGACAACAGGAGAAGUUUCGUAGUCUGUAUCGUGCGAUUGGAUUGGAUCCGCCAGCUGAAUCGAUAAGCUUCAAGCGAAUCGAGGAAGAUGCGGUGAUAGAUGUGGAUACGGUGGAUGGUAUAGGGACACCAUUGCUGACCGCGAGCAAGAGGAAGGAUCAUAUCAAGUCAAAGAAACGGGCAACUGCCGGUCAAAGAAUACAAGCAAAGGCAGAGGAAGCCGCGCGAAAAGCUGCCGAGAAAUUGGCAAAGAAAUAUUCAAACAGCAACAUCGGAUUCCUUCGUACAGACUCGGAAGGCAACACAAGUCUGGCUAUUUUGAAUCCAUGCGCCGAUUUAGAGACCGGAAGUUAUUCAAUACCAGUAAAUCUGGCUUCGCUCACCGGAAAGCUGACCACCGGAACUUUCUCAACGAACGUCUUUAAGGAGGACAAGAAAAACAAGAUGUCCCCAGUGACUUAUUUGAAGUAUGGACCAUUCAGCUCAUUUUCACCAACGUUUGAUUCAUCAAUGGCAACCAUAACAAAAGAGGAUUCAGAUCUACUUUUUAGUGUAUAUGGGGAUAGCACUGGGGUAUAUUAUGCGCAGAGCCUUCAAGCUUUCGUGAAAGAUAACGUGUUUGCAAAAAACUAUGUCGAUUGCGUUUUGGACGGAUUGACGGAUGGUGCUCAUUCAAAAUUGAUGGAGAAACUUAAAAAGCAACUUGAAGACGAAGAAGAAAAAGAAAAAGAGCGUAUAAACGAGGCGAAGACGAAAGAAGAGAAAGAGAAAAACGAGAGAAACGCAAAAGAAAAUGAAUUAAAAGAAUUGUCAACGGUUGAUGUCGAAGCCCUUCUGUCUUUAGAGAAGGAAGGAAUUGAUGUUUCAUUUUUGAAACAGAAACAUAAGACAUCAGCUAACCAUUCUCUUCAAGACAAUCUUGACCGGGCAGCUGAUCUCAUUGCCAAACUGGAUGCAGUUCAAUCGGAGAGAUUAAGCCAAGUGAGCAAAGACGGUGUGACACCUAAAUCUGCGCUCAAGCCUUCAGAAAAUGAGCAGAAAAUAGCCGAAGAAGUGACGCAAGAGCUAACAGAUUUAACAUCAAAGGUUUACCCUAAAGAUGUCGUGAACGCUGAAUGUCUGCGCAAGGCAACCGGCAUUGGAGAUAUAUCUGAAAUUGUCCGGAAAGGAAAAGAGCAAUCUGAAAUGGAAGUACAACUGGCUGCUGAAGCUAUUGAAACUGUUUUUAAUGACGCAACAAUGGAAGAUUUAGAUAAAGUGAUAUGCGAAGCGGCCCGCGAAGUCGAGGGCUCGAUGGGUCUCGAUGUUCUGGACGAGUUAACUGCAUCACUGGACGACGUCAAGCAAAUGGAAGGCAUAUAAAGAGACGCGCUAUCUUAAUCGUGCAUCUAAAGACGUUGUGCAACUUAGUAAAUCGUGCAUGUAAUCACAAAAUAGGGAAUAUGCAGUAUGUACUGUGCAUGUAAUCAUCUUACGUAUUAUAUUAAUUAAAAUUGCGCAACUGAAGACGUUACAUAACUGGGUAAGUUUUACAUUUUAUAAACAGUCCUAAGGCAUUGCAUGUAUUUAUUUAUGUAAGAAUUAAAUUCGAUGAAAAAAUGAGCUAGGACUGUA